GCCUAUCUACUGGAUUUAAUGGGGCCUUUAGAUCCGACUUCACUUCCUGUUCGAAGCGAACAAAAAUAAACGGAAAAGGAUCCAUGAAGCCGGCGACGGAGAGGAGGGAUUGGAAGCGAAAGCAAGAAGGUUCGAGAGGUUUAGAUCUGGUGAUGCGAAUGCGAACGAGAUCGAUGGGGCCGGGAUCGUUUCCCCUGUCCUGUUUGAUGCGUGGUGGGGUCUUGAGCCCUCGUGGCUGAGUAGGAUGUCGUCCGUCCUCCUCUCCUAUUUAACGAUGGGCAAGCCUCAAUGCAUAAACAGUGUCCUAUGGUUGUUUGCUAGCGACGAGGAUUGUGAGGGAGGAAGAUCUUCGCCUUGGAGAGAGCUUGCUGUUUGGGUUUGGUUGACUACUAUUUGUACAAUUGUGGGUACAAUCUUUGUGCCUUUGGGGAGGAAAUUCAUUCCUCAUUUAGUUGCCUAAAUGUCAUUCUGCAACAUUUUCUGCAAUGCGAGAUACAGCUAUGGAGGCUCAUCUCGGCAUGAUUUUGAGACACGGCUUGCGGGCCAUUGCACGCCAAAUUCUCAGGUUGCAGUGCAUGAGGUGCACGAUCAACAUCUGGUAGUUCAGGCUAGCUGCUGGGAUAGUUUUCCCCCUGAACUUCUCAAUGAUGUGAUAACAAGGUUGGAUAGUGAAAGCACUUGGCCUUUUUGUAAGAAUGUAGUGGCUUGUGCUGGUGUUUGCAGGUCAUGGAGAGAAAUAUGUAAAGAGAUUGUUAAGAAUCCUGAGUUUUCCGGAAAGUUCACCUUUCCAGUCUCCCUGAAGCAGACUGGUCCGCGAGAUAGUACUAUCCAGUGUUUUGUUAAGAGGGACAAGAGGGACAAAUCAUCUCUAACAUAUCAUCUUUACCUGUGUCUUAGCACAGAUGUACUUGUUGAGAAUGGUAAAUUCCUUCUGUCAGCCAAGAAAAUUCGUCGGGCAACUUGUACAGAAUACAUAAUAUCUAUGGAUCGUGACAAUAUAACCAGAUCAAGCAACACAUAUAUUGGAAAAGUAAGGUCCAAUUUCAUUGAAACCAAGUUUGAAAUCUAUGAUACUCAGCCGCCAUGCAAUGGGGCAGCAUCCUCCCAACUAGGCAAAAUUAGCCAGAGACCUUACUUGAGAAAAUUCUCAUCGAAAGUGCCCAGUGGAAGCUUCAAGAUAGCCCAGGUGACAUAUGAAAUAAAUGUGCCGCGAGCAAGGAGCCCAAGGCGGAUGCACUGUGUUAUGCACUCAAUUCCUGCCUCAGCCCUUGACGCUGGUGGGACAGUUCCUUGUCAGCCAGAGAAUCUGCUACCCCGCUCUCUGGAGGACUCUUUCCAGAGCAUCUCCUUUAGGAAAUCAUCUUCUGCAGAGCGCUCAAUUGGUUUCAGCGGUUCCCGUUGUUACUCGGAUAUCGCUGGAGGAGUUAGAGUGGGGAAUGAAGAAGACGACAAGGCCACGGAGAUGCCUCUGGUUCUCCGAAACAAGGCUCCUAGGUGGGUUGAGCAGUUGCAAUGCUGGUGCCUUGACUUCGGGGGACGUGUGACCAUGGCUUCGGUCAAAAACUUCCAGCUCAUCGAGGCGACACAGCCAGCUGCAAUGCAUCCAUCACCACUGCAGCAAGACAAGAUUAUACUUCAGUUUGGAAAGGUUGCGGAGGACAUGUUUACUAUGGAUUACCGGUACCCAUUGUCAGCCUUCCAGGCUUUUGCCAUCUGCUUGUGUAGCUUUAGCAACUGGCCUUGCGAGUACAGCUAACCUAGAUGAACUAUUGAAAUCGAAGAGGUUACAAAAGUUGCUCUUGUUAAUGUUAAUGCCCAGAGGCCUGUAACAUGUAAUUUUCUGUAUCAAGUGCCAUCAUCCAUGGGCCUAUAUAUUUUUUUUCCUUAUUUGUAGCUUCGGUAACAGCCUCACCAACAAGUAAUCCAAUAUAUCUGUCUGUCUCAUUAAUGCACAAUUGAAUUGAUUGCCUUGUUUA